GUGCUCUUUUGCGCUGUCCACUUGUGUUGUACCGUGACAUACUUGUGUCGCUGUCAAGACCAGAGCGCAGUGCGCCUGUAUCACGAACAGAUAUCACGAACCUGUCAGUAACGAUAUCGAUUUAUGUCUAUUCACCCAAAGCCUGUGCCUCUCGUGGCACCUGGACACACUCGCCCAGUAACUCACCUUUCUUUUUCACCACUGCAAGACGAUGGCACCUAUCUUCUUGUGUCCAGCUGCAAAGAUGGCAAUCCGAUGCUUAGAGAAUGGACCGGUGACUGGAUAGGCACAUUUUUGGGUCACAAGGGUGCAGUAUGGAGCACAAAGCUCUCUCCGGAUGCUUCGCGAGCGGCAUCAGGAAGCGCUGACUUCACUGCAAAAAUCUGGGACACAUAUUCAGGAGACGUGUUGCAUUCAUUCCCUCACAAUCAUAUUGUUCGAACUGUGGCAAUCUCUCCGACGUGUUCUCACCUUCUUACUGGCGGUCAAGAGAAGAAGGUCAGAAUAUUUGACCUUGGACGGCCAGACGCAGAGGCAGACUUCCUUGGCGAUGUCGGCCUACCAUCGCAUGAUGGAACUGUAAAGAGCGUAGUUUGGGUUGGAGAACAUACCGGUGUAUCUGCUGGCGAAGAUGGUAUCAUCAAAUGGUGGGACCUGCGCACGCAAAAACUUACAACAACUAUGACAUUCCCUAAUCCCAUAACUUCGAUGGAACUAUCGCCGCAAACCAAGCGUCUGGUUGUGACAUCAGGAAAAACUGUCGCAUUUAUACCUGCUUUACCUAGUGGUACUCCAACACAUAGUCUCAACCUAGCGUACUCGCCAUCAUCCGCAUCUGUUCAUCCUAUCCUUCAAGACCGCUUUGUCACAGGCAAUCUUGGUGAUGAGUGGGUCAGGGUCCAUGGAAUGGAUGGGGAGGAGAGGGAGAUCUUGAAGGGGCAUCACGGACCUGUCCACUGCGUCGAGUUUAGCCCUGACGGUGAAGUAUAUGCAAGCGGCAGUGAGGAUGGUACAAUUCGUCUCUGGCAAACAACACCCGGGAAGGCAUACGGCUUGUGGCAAGGUAAUGCUAGUGGUGGUUAGGAGAGAGUGGUUGGGAGACACCGUACACCAUCUAACAUCUUUAGGUCAUACAUUGUCGAUUAGUUUGUGGAAAUGUUCGUUGAUCGAGCAAGGGGAUACACCAUGUAAUGUCAGGAAGUUUACAAUUCAAUCAUAUUAUACUGUUUCCAAUCUACAUGACCAUCUGCAUUCGACAGCUAUUGGUCUUGCAAUCUGUUCCCAAUCAUA